CAUUGCAUCAUGUCGGAAGAGCAAAUUUUAGAGUUUCAAGAAGCUUUUUGUCUGCUAGACAAAGAUGGUGAUGGUUGCAUAACGAUCAAAGAGCUUGCUACAGCGAUUAGAUCGUUACAUCAAAACCCUACCGAGGAAGAAUUGCAAAUCAUGAUGAAUGAAGUUGAUGUUAACGGGAGUGGUUCCAUUGAAUUUGAGGAGUUCUUCAAUCUGAUGGCAAAGAAGAUGAAGGAAAGUGAAGCCGAAGAAGAAUUGAGAGAAGCUUUCAAAGUAUUUGAUAUGGAUCAAGAUGGGUUCAUAUCGCCUAACGAGCUGAAGAAUGUGAUGAUCCACAUGGUGGAGAAAUUAACUGAUGAAGAAGUGGAGCAAAUGGUGAAAGAAGCUGAUUUGGAUGGAGAUGGUCUUAUUGACUAUGAAGAAUUUGCUAAAAUGAUGCUUCUUAUUUGA